ACCCGAGCGCUCCUCCGCCGCGGACAGGCCCGCCGAACGGAGGCGGGCGAGCGCGGAGGCCGAAGGGGAACAGGGGGAGCCGGGGCCGCCGCCCGCUCGUCGCCGCCGCCCAUGGCGAGGCCCCGCCGCCGCCGCCGCUGCUGACCCGGGGGCCUGCUGCGGCUUCCGCCCCCUCCCGCGGCGGCGGGCGGGCGGGCGAGCCUCCCCUCCACGCCCCCACCGCCCGCGCCCCGCGCCCGCCCGCGCCCCGCUCCGGGGGACGGGGAGGAAGGCGAGAGCAGCAGGAGUCUGGGGGCCACCGAAGAUGGGGAACACUACCUCGUGCUGCGUGUCGUCCAGCCCCAAGCUCCGGAGGAAUGCCCACUCCCGGCUGGAGUCCUACCGGCCCGACACGGACCUGAGCCGGGAGGACACGGGCUGCAACCUGCAGCACAUCAGCGACCGGGAGAACAUCGACGAUUUGAACAUGGAAUUCAACCCAUCAGACCAUCCUCGGGCCAGCACAAUAUUCCUCAGUAAAUCUCAGACAGACGUGAGAGAAAAACGCAAGAGUCUCUUCAUUAACCAUCAUCCUCCAGGACAAAUAGCGAGGAAAUACAGUUCCUGCUCCACUAUUUUCCUAGAUGAUAGCACAGUCAGUCAACCAAACCUCAAGUAUACAAUUAAAUGUGUAGCUCUCGCAAUAUAUUACCACAUCAAAAACAGGGACCCAGAUGGAAGGAUGCUCUUAGAUAUUUUUGAUGAAAACCUUCACCCUCUUUCGAAAUCCGAAGUGCCACCAGAUUAUGAUAAACACAACCCAGAGCAGAAGCAGAUUUACCGGUUUGUUCGGACACUGUUCAGUGCUGCUCAGCUGACGGCCGAAUGUGCCAUUGUCACCCUGGUAUACCUUGAAAGACUUUUAACAUAUGCAGAGAUAGACAUCUGUCCGGCCAACUGGAAGCGGAUUGUUCUAGGGGCGAUCCUGCUGGCCUCCAAGGUUUGGGAUGACCAGGCUGUGUGGAAUGUGGACUACUGCCAGAUCCUGAAAGACAUCACGGUGGAGGACAUGAAUGAGCUAGAGCGACAGUUUCUUGAAUUGCUCCAGUUCAACAUCAAUGUUCCUUCCAGUGUUUAUGCCAAGUAUUAUUUUGAUCUUCGUUCUCUGGCAGAAGCAAACAACCUGAGCUUUCCCUUGGAGCCCCUGAGCAGGGAGAGGGCUCACAAGCUUGAGGCCAUCUCUCGCCUCUGUGAGGACAAGUACAAGGACCUGCGUCGACCCACGAGGAAGCGGUCAGCGAGUGCUGACAAUCUGACUCUGCCGAGGUGGUCCCCCGCCAUCAUCUCCUAACCAUGGGGGUCCCCACUGGAGGCCAUGCCAUCCCUCAGUUUCUCCUUUAGUGUGAGAAAAGACAGACUGGGGGUGGUUUUGUUUUUGUUUUCCUUUCCUUUUCUUUUUUAAUUCAUAGCUCUGUCAGGCUGCCUUGAUGACCGCCUCCAAGCUGUGUGGCCCACUCGCACGCAGCAAGGCCUCGAGGGAAGCGAAAUCAGUAUUCUGGAAAUCCUGUUUCAUGCCCUUCCCCAUCGUCAUUAACAGCACUUCCCUCAUGGAGGAAAAAGACUCUAAUCCUGGAGAAGGAAACAAAGGGAAAGGGAAGUCGUGUAGAGGCAGGGAAAAGGUUAAAUGGCUUGACCAUUUCUUAAGUCCCCGUCUGGUCAGUAGAUGAAUACGAUGGAAAGACACAGAAGUAGGUAACAAAGUUGGAUGUGCAUUAAAGACAAGAGUGCGCGUUUAUCCACCUCCGUCUGGAUCAGUAUGUUCUGUAAGACUUCUUGCAUUCCUUCUAGCUGCUUUUUGGGAUUUGGGGGAUUUUUGUUUGUUUUUAUUCUGUUUUUGGUUUUGGUCCCACAGAGCAGAGAAUAUAGUUUGUAUCCACCAUGGCACAGACAUCCAAAUAAAUAGUACUGGUUGUUUCUCUCUGCACUAUUCCUGUGAGCUGUCUUCUGAGCUUUCUUCCUCACAAGUGGGAUGCGCUUGUUAUAUUUCUGUACACCUUUAUUUUAUACAGUUUUUCUUCAACGGUGGCAAAAUUAACUUGACUGUAGUGCUGAACCAAAAGUAUCCCUUUCCCUCCUUAUUUCCCACCCCAAGAAAAUUCUAGAUCACAUGGGUGCUUGUGCCUUCCAGUUUAUUUGCAGUUGUUUUUUUAAUUUUUUUCUCUGACCUGAAGUCGUAGUUACAAAUCAGUCAGAUUUUGUGGGCUGAAGGAAAGAGUGUGCAGCAGAGGGUGUCCCCUGGGUGAAGUUUUUUCCAGAGUGCUAGGUGUCUGCCUGCAGUUACUGAGUAGGAGCCAUUUCUCUGUACCCCCUGCCCAGUUCAUUCCUCUACUUCCAUGUCCACUGUUGCAAGCAAUAUUCUUCUCAACUUUUAUAUGUUUACUUUAAAUCAAAGUUAGUCUAUUUGUAUAAAAUUUUUUAAAAAUCUAAAAUUAAAAAAAAGGGGGGGUGGGUUAUUCCCAUGGGAAGAUCAUUGAAGGGCAAAAUGUUACUAUUUACUGAGGUAUUUUUCACAGGACGAUUGAAUAAAAAACUUGCAUUUUCAUUGUGGGUGCUUAGCGAAGUUACACAAAAAUUCAAACUGUGAAGGUUUAUGCUUCAUUAAUUAUGACCAUACUUUUUCAUUUUCUGACCAUCCCUAAUUUCCUUAUGGGCUAGAUGAGAAUCUUUUAUAUCAAGUAAAAUAAAAGGGUUAAUGAUAGAAUAUCAGAGUAAGUUUGAUAUUAAGUCUAAGAAUCUGAGUCAAUGAAGCAUAUAAUGCUUUGGGUGUUUGCAUAUUUUCUUGGGUCACAAUGAUAGGCUUCUAAGUUUUUUCCCUUUUCAAAUCUGUGUGAGGCGAAUGGCAGCAGAUACUCUGUGUUUCACCUUCUUCCUCUGUGAAUGUGGAAACUUUGGAAUAUUAGUCUUGGGUACCCGAAAGUCAUACGCCUGAUCCUCAAAGAUGCCUGCUUCUGAUGAAAGGUACUUUGGAAAUGGAAGAGACUCAGAAAGGUGAAAUCCCAAGAUCCCCAGACCAAAAGUGCUAGUCAGGUUUCGGUGAGAUUUGUAUCCUGUGUAAACAGCUGUUUGGACCAGAAAUAUUGUCAAGUUCUUUCUGGCCUAAACUUCCAAAAGCCAACAAGCAGAAUCUGAAAAGUUAACUAUCUUUCCAUUGUAAUGGUGUUGAUAUACUCUAUGGGUACCAAAAUCAGCUUCUCUCUUCAAGUAAGAGUUGGAUUUAGAACUUUAAAUAGAGAUCUAAAAAUGUAGAAAAUAUCAUUUUAUAUUCCCUAAUCUAUAUAGCUUAAAAAGGGACAUAUUUUCUUAGCUGAAUAUGAAUACCUCUCAAGCAUAAAUUAGUUCCUCUCAUGUAAAGUAUCUUAUUUUACCGAUCCAUUUCAGGAAAGACGUUCUGCUGCCUUUAAAGCAGAAAGCUUAUUUUUAUCCCUUUUAUUUGAAUGAGAGAGAUUUGAAAACUGAAUUGUGUAAAUAUUUCAAUGCAUCUGCUAUUAUUUUGUGGAGUUUAUUAAACUACUUUAAAAAAUUGUAUAGUCUAUUUAUUGUAUGUAUGUACAUACAGUCUGAUAACUUAAAAUUUAAAGUGGAUUCCGUAAAACCUGACUCAGUCUUGUUUAGACUAUUGAAUAUUGUUUUAGCCUUGUGCACUGGACUCUACCUCUGUAUAGGAAAAUUUUCCAUAUUCAUUAAUAAGUAUUGAUCUGUAUUAAUUGGUUAUGUUUCUUGCACUAAGGAUUUUUAAAACUCUGCUGUUAAGUGUAGAUUUUAGUUUUACUUUUGCAGUAUGAAUCACUUGACACAUAACGUAGAUACUUCAGGUUUAUUUAUUUUAUUUUUCUACAUGACGGUGAAGACUUAAAUUUUGUUCUCUGGUUUGUUCUGAGUUUGCCAAAAAGAAACCCCAACAACACCCAGUACAGUACCUAUUGGUAAAUCAUAGUGACUGUAAUUUGUUUGCAAGGUGAUUCAAUGCCCUACAGUUAAAGCCAGAUUGCAAUUUAGGAUGACAUUGUCUUAGUGUAGUUUUUAAAUGGACAGUUCUCAGCAUUGAUGGAGGAUGAAGAAAACCACGCAUUUUGUUGACUUUAAUUUUAGAGUAGACUUAAACAACAAAGUCAUUGGGAGAAUAAGUAUAUAUCCCAGUGAAAUUUUUUGAUUUGUUUUACUCCCCCCCCCCCCCCCACUGGGAAAAGGGAAAGAAGUCAGGGAUUUAAAACCAAAUUGGAGGGCAAAGUGGGAGAUCCUACCAAGAUCCGAGAUGUACUCCUAUGCCUUAAUGCACUAGGUGAGGCCGGUGUCAGAGCCUUGUACCCAUCAUCUGGCUCCUCUCCUGGGCUGGCUCUCCCGAGUUCCUUCUCUUGGUCUUUGGCAGGGGCAUCUCCAUCUUGGGGUUUCCCUCAGUUCUGGGCAUUUUGAUCCUCAGCAGAACUGCAAAGCAGAAUUUUGGGAGUGAGCAAUUUUGAUCCUUUCCGGCUGCUUUUGGUAACCUCUCACCUGGGGCCAUAUUUUACAGCUUUGAAUUUUUUAAACAAUAAAAUAUAAUUCCUGGUUCAUUGUAGGUACUUAAUAAGUGUUAAAUAAAUAAAUACAUAGAACAAAUA